UGCAUAAACAUUUGAAAUGACAGACGGAGUAGCACCAUGGAAUUUGUGAAGUUCCCGUGAGGUUAUUGCUGUUUUCAUUUGGAUUCUUCAGUAACUAGACUGUCAAGAUACCAAGUGGACGAUGGAAGUCAAGUUUGACUGCUUGUUUACUUUUCAAAACACUUUUGAUAUCGAGUAUUGUGGCAAGGAUAGGGUUUUUUUCAGAUAGUAUGCUGACCGCUGGUAUGGGAUUUGUGAAAAUUCGGACCAUAGCAGUUUUGUUAUCGCUGUCUUUAAGUUCGUCGUUUGUAUUAUGGUGGAUAACACCUCCGGACUACUCCAUGAAAGAAAGGGAAACUUCACCACUGAUAUCAGGCAGAAGGCAGGCUUUCUUAAAAGAGUUUGAAAGAGUUCAGACAGAAAACACAGAAUUAAAGAGACAACUUAAACUGGUGCGACAAAGAUUAAAAGACCUGUAUGAGAGGGAUAGCCGCAACCAACAAGCAUCACAAGGAAACAAGUCAACUGCAUGUGUGAAUGACCUUUUCCUUUAUCGUUGUGAGGUUAUACAUAUUGCAGUGGUCUGUGCAGGUCAUGGUGCAAGUCGCCAAGUAGUCACUCUUAUUAAGUCUAUUCUGUUUCACCGCCGCAAUCCACUUCACUUCCAUUUCAUAUCAGAUAGCAUAGGACAGGAGAUUUUGAGUGUCCUUUUUCAGACAUGGGCUAUUCCAGCAGUUGAUACUAGUUUUUAUAGCACUGAUUCAAUAAAGGAUAAAGUGUCUUGGAUACCUAAUAAACAUUAUUCUGGAAUCUUUGGUUUAAUGAAGUUGGUGUUAACUGAAGUUCUUCCACAAUCGCUUGACAAGGUACUUGUUCUGGAUACAGAUGUCAUAUUUGCAUCUGAUGUGGCUGAACUGUGGAGAAUGUUUGAUCAACUUACAGGAAGAAAGGCUAUUGGUCUUGUAGACAACCAAAGUGAUUGGUAUCUUGGCAAAUUAUGGAAAAACCAUAAACCCUGGCCUGCUUUGGGGAGAGGGUUCAACACAGGAGUUAUACUUCUGGACCUGUUCAAGUUGCGCCAAGAUAAGUGGACCAGUCUGUGGAGACUGACUGCUGAGAGGGAACUUAUGAACAUGCUGGCCACCUCUCUUGCAGAUCAGGACAUAUUUAAUGCAGUGAUAAAGAGUAAUCCCCAUCUAGUGUUAAAACUGCCAUGUACAUGGAAUGUUCAGCUUGGAGACAACACUCGCAGUGCUAACUGUUACAAGGAUGUCUCUGAAUUAAAGGUUAUUCACUGGAACUCCCCGAAAAAGCAGCUUGUGAAGAACAAGUAUGAAGAGUUUUUCAGGAACUUGUAUUUGACUUUCUUGGAAUAUGAUGGUAACUUUUUAAGGCGAUGGAUAUUCUCUUGUGAUGAAAAUGAUACAAAGUUGAAUAACACAACAGAUGGAGCUAGGCAGCAGCCAUCAGACAAGAGUGCAGGAAAUGUGGACAGUGAGGAUGCAUGCUAUGAAUUUAAGCAAGAGCAAGAUUUGACACACAGGACUCAUCUAUACUAUCUUGAUUAUGAUUUUUCACAGGCUGUUGAGCCCUCAGAUGUUACACUUGUAGUGCAGCUUUCCAUUGACAGGCUACAGAUGAUUGAGACUAUUUGUCUCCAUUGGGAAGGUCCCAUCAGUUUAGCUUUGUACAUGUCUGACAGUGAGGCACAACAGUUCCUAAGCUAUGUUCAGAGCUCAACUGAAUUAGUGAAAAGAAAAAAUGUAGGAUAUCACAUUGUCUUCAGGGAAGGACAAUUUUAUCCAGUAAACUACCUCAGAAACAUUGCUUUGGAACAUGUGCACACUCCAUUUGUAUUUUUGAGUGACAUUGAUUUUGUACCAGGGCCAGGAGCAUACAGCUCUAUGAGGCAAUGGUUGAAAACAGCUUCAAACAUGAACGAAAAGGCAUUUGUUGUUCCAGCCUUCGAGACUCUUCACUACAAAUUAGAUUUUCCAAAAACAAAAGCACAGUUGCUGUCUCAGUGGGACCUAGGCUCAAUAUUUACAUUUAGACACCAUGAGUGGAGUAAAGGUCAUGCAGCAACCAAUUAUGCCAAGUGGAGAACAGCUACCACCCCAUACACUAUUCAGUGGGAAGAAGAUUUUGAGCCUUACAUAGUUGUAAGGAAUAAUAUCAGCAGAUAUGACAAACGUUUUGUUGGAUUUGGUUGGAACAAAGUAGCUCACAUAAUGGAAUUACAAGCUCAGGGGUAUGAAUUUGUAGUUUUACCAAAUGUGUUCAGCAUACACAUGCCACACUCACCUUCAUUUGAUAUAUUUAAAUUCAGAUCCAGUGCAUUGUACAGAAGAUGCCUCAGUAGAUUAAAACAAGAAUUUGUUCAAGAUAUGAUAACAAAGUAUGGAAGGGAACAUUUGGGAGAUGUGGACAUGGAUAGUUAACAACUGUUAUCUUGAUUUGUUUUUAGUCAUGUUUAUAAUAUUUUAAAUCUGUCAGUUUUAAUUAGCAGUUGAAAACAAAAUACUUUUUAUUUAAACAAGCUUGGAGAAAGUUUUACUAGGUAACAAACCAAGUGCUGAGGGGGUUUUAUGUCAUGAUUCCUAGAUCAGAGCAGAACAGCUGUAUCAUUACUGGAAGAACAAGGUAGCAUCGCAGCUGUUUGCGUUGUAGUAAAAUAGAGCUAACUCUUUACACCCUAACAUAGGUGUUCUUAUUCUCCUUGCUGUUCCCUAUACAUUUCCAUUGAGGCUGACAUGGAGAAUUUGUUCACCUUUCAAGUGCUUCUCCAGUUGUCUUAUUGGCAAUCAUUUCCUUUAUUCUCAUGACCUUAGAGUUUGAUUCAGCAGUAAUACUCAAGAAGAAAUUAGAUGCCAACCAUUCUUAGUGGUUAAAGGGUUGACCCUUUCUUAGCCAACCCAAAGCUUAGUUUAAACAUGCUUGGCACAGAUGAAAGUGGUAUGAAAACAGCUAUAGAUAUAGUUUUGUUUUGUAAUACAUGUAAUUAAGCUGAGUUAGUUACAAACUGUAAUAACUAACAACUGUCUUCACUUCA